AUGACUGGCGGGGUCCAGCAGCAGUCCCUCCCUCACCGGCCAGGUGGGUUUGAGACGCUUCCCUCCCCAGGUGGGUUUGGGGCCCCCCAUGACACCUCCCCCUCAGGUGGGUUUGGGGCCCCCCAUGACACCUCCCUCCUCAGGUGGGUGCCCCCCAUGCCACCUCCCCCUCAGGUGGGUUUGGGGCCCCCCAUGACACCUCCCUCCUCAGGUGGGUUUGGGGCCCCCCAUGACACCUCCCCCUCAGGUGGGUUUGGGGCCCCCCAUGACACCUCCCUCCUCAGGUGGGUGCCCCCCAUGACACCUCCCUCCUCAGGUGGGUUUGGGGCCCCCCAUGACACCUCCCCCUCAGGUGGGUUUGGGGCCCCCCAUGACACCUCCCCCUCAGAAAUAGAACAGCCUUCGUGUUCUUUGCAGUACGGAUUCAUCAACAGCUGCCUCCAGUCUCUGGUGAUGGAAAGGUUUGGCCAGGAGACCUGGGACAAACUCAGCUCUCUACCAGGGGUCCAGGAGUCCUUCAUGACCUACAUGGUGUAUGACGACAAGCUAACGCUCCACCUGGUGCAGGAGGCCUGCUCACUGCUGGAUGUCUCUGCUGAGGUGUUUCUGAAGCUCUUUGGAGAGCAUUUCUUUGUUUUCUGUAAGAAAGCAGGCUAUGACACCAUGCUGAGGACACUGGGAGGAACUCUCAUUGAGUUCAUUGGGAAUCUGGAUGCUCUCCACAGUUACCUGGCUCUGUCCUAUCAGGAAAUGAAUGCACCGUCUUUCCGAGUGGAGAUGACUGAUGAUGGGACGAUGCUACUUCACUACUACUCUGAUAGGAAGGGCCUGUACCACAUUGUACCUGGUAUCAUUGAGGCGGUUGCCAGAGACUUCUUUGAUAGCAAAGUGACCAUGAUGGUUCUGAAUCAAUCGGAGGAAGACGAACGCACAGGGAAGAAGGAGCAUGUUGUGUUUCUGGUGGAACAGACCAACCAAGCUAGCAAGACUACAGACCUUUCCAGUCAUCGAGGGGAGGCCUUAUUCAGAACAAUGAGGGGCCGGUGUGCUUCACUGGCUGGGACUAAAAGCGGCUGGGACCUGAUCAAAGCUGUGGUUUGCUCAGAUAAAGGCAUCCCCCACUGCACCUUCAGUCCAUGUUACCCAGACAAGCUGUGGGUGGAGGAGAAGGCUUUCUGCCAUGCGUUUCCCUUCCAUAUAGUCUUUGAUGAGGAUCUGAAGGUAAGACAGAUGGGGGUGAAUAUACAAAGGUUUCUCCCAGGUCUCCAGGCCAGAGAUGCUACAGUGGACCAACUCUUCACCAUUAUUCACCCACAGGUAACUUUUACUAUUGAGAACAUCAGGAAAUUCAUCAACAGUCAAUUUGUCUUGAAGAGUUGCAAAGACACACACACCACGCUCAAACUAAGAGGUCAGAUGUUGUGGAUGGAGUCUCUCGCCUGUAUGUUGUACCUGUGUUCUCCGAAGCUCCGAAGCCUUCAGGAACUUCAAGAUGUCGGCCUUUACCUGGCUGACCUGGCCCAGCACGAUGUCACCAGAGACCUGGUUCUCCUCAACCAGCAACGUCUAGCUGAGAUGGAGCUCACCAACCAGCUGGAGAAGAAAAAGGAAGAAUUGAGAAUCCUGUCGCAGCACCUGGAGGCUGAGAAAGAGAAGACGGAGACUCUGCUGUAUGCCAUGUUGCCCCGUCACAUAGCCAAUCAGCUUAAAGACGGCAAGAGCGUGGAGGCCGGGGAGUUUGAGGUGUGCACCAUCUUGUUCAGUGACGUGGUGACCUUCACCAGCAUCUGCGCUGCCUGUGAGCCCAUCCACAUCGUUCACUUGCUCAACUCCAUGUACUCCAAGUUUGACCGACUCACCAGCAUACAUGACAUCUACAAGGUGGAGACUAUUGGUGAUGCAUACAUGGUGGUGGGUGGCGUCCCCGUCCCCACAGGAAGUCAUGCUCACCGAGUGGCAAACUUUGCUUUAGGGAUGAGGAUCGCUGCCCGAGAGGUCCUCAACCCUGUAACAGGAAAACCCAUACAGAUCCGGGUGGGUCUCCAUACUGGUCCCGUGUUAGCCGGGGUGGUGGGGGACAAGAUGCCCCGCUACUGCCUGUUUGGAGACUCUGUUAACACCGCCUCCAGGAUGGAGAGCCACGGAGUCCCCGACCACAUCCACCUCAGCACCUCCACUUAUCGUGCGCUGAAGGAUGCUGGCUUCAACAUCCAAGAGCGUGGGCAGAUUGAGGUGAAGGGAAAAGGACUGAUGACGACCUACUUCCUGUUGGGGAACCUGCUGCUGUCUGAAGAGAGCAUCAUGGGAAGAGAGGUCGGAGGGGCCGGUCUUUACAGGGAGGACCUCUAUGGCCAGAGCAAAAGAGAGUCUGAGGUGAGAACUGAGACCGUACUCAGAGACACGGGCUCCGAUGGAGCCGGUGCCCCGAACCCGAGCCCACCAGACUCAAUGGCUCCCUUUGCCUGGGACAUCAGCCCCCCUUUUGAGACCGCCGACAACAGCUCCAACACAUCCUCAAGCAGACUCUGUGUCUUAUUGUGAGCCCACUGAGCCUCCAAUAGAUGGACCAGCAGGGGCCACAUUACAUGAGGACCAGGGGCCACGAGGCUGACACUGUUACAACAUCACUGUGACAGUUUACAUGUGGAUCACACGGUUCAGUACGAGCUGCACUGUAAACGGUUACUUGUCAAAGGCUGCCAGUUAAUAACUGAAUGUCACAGUGCAUUUCUCACAGUGUGCCGUAGAGGCCAUUAUUCAAAAUGACCUCUCACAUACAUAUGAAAGGCCUCCGAUAUUCACUACACACUAAUAAAAAGCUCUUACAUACUCUGCAUAUGCUCACACGCACUACAUAGAUA